AUGGAUGGUGUGGAUAUUCUUGCUGCUGACUUGUAUUUUCUUCCUUGUGUCAAAGUUGCAGGGCUGAUAUUAAGUUCGGGUUCGAAUGCAAUUCGGAACUUAACUUCCAGAGGCUUAAUUGGAACUAUAGCUCCUGCCAUAUCCAAUCUAAAGUCGAUUGAAUAUUUGGAUUUGUCAAAUAACAGUUUGAUUGGGGUUGUGCCUGAUUUCCUAUCUCAGCUACGCUUCUUGCGAGUUUUAAACCUGGAAAGAAAUAAGCUGUCAGGAGCAAUUCCAAUAGAAUUACUUGUGCAUCAAGAGAAUAGUAUGCUCAAAUUCAAUUUUGGUGGAAAUCCAAAUCUUUGCUCCUCAGGUUCAUGCAACAAAGGGAAUGGAAAUAAGGUUGUGGUUGCAUUAGUUGCAUCACUCGGAGGAGCUUUCACGAUACUAGCAGUAGCAAUAAUUUCUUUUCGCAUAUACUACAAGAGACACCAAGUUUUCCAUCGUUUGAGCAAGGUGGGAAGAAUAAAGCAGGAACUAGAGUCAAAGAAACAAGAAUUCACCUAUGAAGAAGUAUUAAGCAUUACCAGAAACUUUGAAAAGGUUAUGGGAAAAGGAGCAUCUGGAACAGUCUACCAUGGCUGGAUUGAUGAUGAGACUGAGGUAGCUGUCAAAAUGCUAUCUUCCUCAUCAGCUCAAGGAUAUCUGCAAUUUCAAGCAGAGGCCAAACUUUUUGCUAUAGUUCAUCAUAAAUACUUAACUGGUCUUAUAGGGUAUUGUGAUGAUGGAACCAACAUGGCUCUAAUCUAUGAGUAUAUGGCUAAUGGAGACUUAGCGAAUCACGUGUCAGUUCAUCCUGAAAGUUGGAAUCCAAUGUGGUCUGCAUCAAGGUCAGAGUGUGCACAUUUUGCAGUUCCUUUAUGUGGUUUACUCCCUAUUGUGUUUUUAUUUUUUCUUUGACUUCGAAAUUUGGUUGUUUUAUUUUCCUCAAGGGAUUGGUAUAUGUGAAUAACACUAGUUGUUGAUUAUUAAUUUAUAGUUUUAUUCUGAU